AUGCGAGAAAGACAUCAGUUCGUUCCAGAGGCUGAAACUCAACCAGACGAUAACUGCACAUCUAACCAGUGCGGUCCGAAACCGAUAACCGGCCCAAUCACCCAAGCCAAAGCGCUUACCUCUUUGAUUGGUCACUCCACAGCGCUUACACCCAGUAACUCUUACCUAACCCUUCCCCCCCCGCCUCCCACCAUGUCGAAUACCGAACCCACUUCCGAAUCAGGGACAUCCACACCUUAUAGGGGUCGAGGCAAGCGCGGCGGAUUCGGUAAAUCCCUCCGUGCACGAGGGCGAGGAAAGAGGUUCACAACGCCCGCGCCGUUCCGGUCGCGAGAGGAGGAAGAGGAAGAUGAGGUGGAUGAGGAAGAGGUGGAGCGGGAACGACUCAAGUAUGCGAGGAGGGGGAUGAAGAGCAAUGCGGAUAGGUAUGAGGAGAAGGAACCUGACCCUGAAGAGGAACCGGAGCCCGAGGUGGACUUGUCGGAAUUUAUGAGGAAACAAAAACUGGAGGAUGAAGCGGAGACAAGCGCAAGUAUAGCUGUUCCUAAAGCCGAAAUGGAUGAUGAUAUAGAUCACUCCCUUGCUAAUUUCGGUUCACGGGCGCCUCUUGCGUCCCGAAAGGACCGAAAGGGUGUGAUUGAGUGGGACGAUUCGCUCGAGGCCAUGAAACAGGAAAAGGAAAAGGCAGAAGCAGUCUGGGAGUUAAAAGCAAGGUUCAAACACGCUCCCCAGAGCAAACCCCGAGCAAACGAGCGUCGGGUAGUUCGUCAACCCCGCUUGGCCGGGGAAGACGAGCCGACGGAUCCUAAGAAAGAAAUGGAAGAGUUCCUGGACGACCUUCUCACGUAG